AUGAGCGACAACGGCGAUCGACCAAUCCGUGAGGUGAAGAAUCAUGUCCUCUUUGAGAUUGCGACCGAGGUUGCCCACCGAGUUGGCGGCAUCUACUCCGUCCUCAAAUCCAAGGCUCCUGUCACGACGGCCGAGUAUGGCGACCGCUACACGCUGAUUGGUCCGCUAAACCACCAGUCGGCUGCUGUCGAGGUUGAAGAGUUAGAGCCCAACACGCCCGAACUCGCCGCCACUAUCGAGUCUAUGAGGAACCGGGGCAUUGGAAUUCUCUAUGGUCGCUGGCUUAUUGAGGGCGCUCCACGAGUCCUGCUGAUCGAUACCAAGACGGCUUACAAGUACCUGGACGAGUGGAAGGCUGAUCUGUGGAACGUCGCCAGCAUCCCCUCCCCUCCCGGAGAUGACGAGACCAAUGAAGCAAUUGUCUUUGGAUACCUGGUCGCAUGGUUCCUUGGGGAGUAUGUCUGCCACGAGAAGACCAAGGCGGUCAUCGCCCAUUUCCACGAAUGGCUGGCCGGUGUAGCGCUUCCUCUAACCAAGAAGCGUCGCAUGGACGUCACGACUAUUUUCACAACCCAUGCCACCCUUCUCGGCCGGUACUUAUGCGCCGGAUCUGUGGACUUCUACAACAAUCUGCAAUGGUUCGAUGUCGAUGCCGAAGCUGGCAAGCGUGGCAUUUAUCACAGAUACUGCAUAGAACGCGCUGCGGCGCAUUCUUGUGAUGUCUUCACCACUGUCUCCCACAUCACGGCCUUUGAAAGUGAGCACUUGCUGAAGCGCAAGCCGGAUGGAGUGUUGCCAAACGGUCUCAACGUCACCAAGUUCUCGGCCAUGCACGAGUUUCAGAACUUGCACCAACAGUCCAAGGAGAAGAUCCACGACUUUGUUCGGGGUCAUUUCUACGGACAUUACGACUUCCAACCUGAAGACACCAUCUAUCUCUUCACCGCUGGUCGUUACGAGUACCGGAACAAGGGCGUGGAUAUGUUCAUCGAGUCUCUCGCCCGACUGAACCACCGGUUGAAGACGGCCGGCAGCAAGACUACUGUAGUCGCCUUUAUCAUCAUGCCAGCACAGACAACUUCCCUUACGGUCGAGGCCCUGAAGGGUCAAGCCGUCAUCAAGUCUCUCCGCGAUACCGUCGAUAUUAUCGAGCGUGGCAUUGGGCGCCGUAUCUUCGAGCGUUCACUGAAGUGGCAUGAUGGCGAUCCUCUGCCAGAUGAGAAGGAGCUCAUCACAAGCGCAGACCGCGUACUUCUUCGUCGUCGCCUCUUUGCCAUGAAGCGACAUGGGCUUCCCCCGAUUGUCACUCACAACAUGAUGAACGACCACGAAGACCCGGUUCUGAACCAGAUCCGCCGCGUGCAGCUCUUCAACCACCCGACGGACCGUGUCAAGAUCAUCUUCCACCCCGAGUUCUUGAAUUCCGCCAACCCCGUUUUGCCUCUGGACUAUGACGACUUCGUGCGUGGCACGCAUCUGGGCGUCUUCGCGUCCUACUACGAGCCGUGGGGUUACACUCCGGCCGAGUGUACCGUCAUGGGCGUUCCCAGCAUCACCACGAACCUCUCCGGAUUCGGCUGCUAUAUGGAGGAGCUGAUCGAGAACUCCAGUGACUACGGUAUCUAUAUUGUCGACCGCCGUUCCAAGGGUGUGGAUGACUCGGUCAACCAGCUCACCUCGCACAUGUUCGACUUCUGCCAGAAGAGCCGUCGUCAGCGCAUCAACCAGCGAAACCGGACUGAGCGGCUUAGUGAUCUCCUGGACUGGAAGAGGAUGGGUAUGGAAUACGUGAAGGCGCGACAAUUAGCUUUGCGACGUGCCUACCCGGGAUCAUUCAGCGGUGAUGACGAGGAGGAAGAUUUCAUUCCUGGCGUCGAGCAGAAGAUCUCACGACCGUUCUCUGUUCCCGGAUCUCCGCGGGAUCGAAGUGGCAUGAUGACCCCUGGAGAUUUUGCCAGUCUGCAGGAAGGUAGAGAGGGUCUAAGCACCGAGGAUUAUGUCGCCUGGAAGCUUCCAGAGGAGGAAGAUCCCGACGAGUACCCGUUUCCCCUGACUCUUCGGACUAAGAAAUCAGCAAUUUCGGGAUCGGCCAGCCCGCUUGACGGCAUCCAGUUGAACGGCAACUAG